UGAGCAUAGUGCCAGGUGACAUCAGACAGAUGAAGUGGCUUGUCCAAGAUCAAACACUGGAGACUGCUGCAGAGGAGGAAAUUGAUUCUAGACCUGGUACAGAGGUGAGAGGCUCUCCCCUCUCUGCAGAUAUGUUCCAGCUCCUUUCCCACUGCUGGUCGCGGCUGCAGGCAAUACAGGAACCAAUCAGGAAAGUGACCCUCCUUGUCAUGGGCCUGGACAAUACAGGGAAAACCUCCCUCAUAACGGAGAUACAGAGAGUGCUCUCAUGUGAGGUGCUCCCCACAACAAAGCCUAACCAGACAGAACUCAGAAUGGACCGGUUUGAAGUCUCCCUUGUCGACCUAUCCGGGGGGCAGAGGUCGCGGGGCACAUGGCGUAAUCGCUACGGUGAUGCUCAUGGGAUUAUCUUUGUUCUGGACUCCAGCGACGUGCUGCGGAUGGAAGAGGCCAAGAGAACCUUGGGCCAUCUUCUGGCUCACCCUAGGAUUUCAGGGAAGCCCCUGUUACUGCUGGCCAAUAAACAGGACAAGGUUGAUGCCCUCCUCCCAUGUGAGCUGAUCGAAUGCCUGUCCCUGGAGAAGCUUGUGAAUGAAAACAAGUCACUGUGCCGCAUCGAGCCAUCUUCAGCAACCAAAAGUCUCCAUAAAAGCCAGUCCCGGACCAUCCUGCAGGGACUCCGCUGGCUCCUGCGCACCAUUGCCAUCAACUACAGUGUCCUGAGUGCCCGGGUGCAACAAGACAGCCUUGACCAGACAGCUCCCCGAGAGCAAGAGGCUCCCAGGAGAGCAGCGCGGGCCCACAGCCAGACACGGGGGGAGAGGGUGUUGCUGGCCAGAAGGGACAGUUCCCAAGAAGGAAGUGCCAAGAUAGGGGAGUACAAACCACUACAGCCCAUCCAGAACAUCCUCUCACAGGAGGAAGGCCCAAAGGUACCCAAGAGAAGGAGAAAGAAAGGGAAGGUGAAGAAGAAGGGGUUGGUGCAGUGUGGGAGCAUGGCUGAUGAAGAGGAAGGGAAAGCUUGUGGAGGAGAGAACAGAGCAAGUGCUGCAGUUGGGCUCCUCCACAGCAACAGAGUUGGCCAGGAGAAACCACUCCCCCAGGGGACAACUCCUCUCCCAGCAGGGCAGAGCACGAAGAAGAAAAAGAAGAAAAUUAAAAAUAAAAUCAAGUCCCAGGAGUCCUCACUGGAGCCACAGAACGAAGGAAUCUCGGGUACCUUUGACUUGUAUCGAAGGGCAAUGCUGGCUCUGAAAAUGAGGCAAGAGUGGAGGAAGCAGCCUUCUGCUAUCACUCCCUGAAGAAAAGCUCCAUAUUGUUGACUGCAUAAAUGUGGUCUCCACCAGGCAUGAGAAGUUGAUGGCAGAUUGUUCUGUGCUGUUAUUGUGAAGUUCUAUGUUCCCCUCUACCAGUGCAAUGUAUCUGUGCUCCCACUCAGAACCUCCCAAGUCCCAAAGGGUAAGUGUCCAUGAGCAUGUGCAGUCAGUAUCAGCUCAGGCAGUGAGACUGUCUAACCUAAUGGAAACUCUGCUUGAGAGAUAAGAUUCUCAGGGCUUGUGGAGUCUCAAGCAGCGAGUCUUCAAACUGUAAAGACCAAUAUCCUCCUCCUAGGGACUGUGGGAAUGUCUGGGAUUCACACGUGGAAGCUGAAGUGUCACAUGUGUAAAGAGUUCUGCCAGCAACCUGGAUGCAAACAUCUAAAUAAAAGGAAAUGGAACAUUUCUACACCUGACUGGUUUUCUGUGUCUCUUCUUAAUGUUCUUUCUCAAACUGUCUUACCCUGUGGUGGGAUAGGAGGAACCAGACCAAGUCCCCUCUUCCAGUAGGCCAAAGAAGAGGUCUGUGCAUGAUGCAAUCUGUCGACCCAGAAGAGGGCAGCUGGUGUCCAUACAAGCCUAGCUUCACAGGGCUGGGGCUGAGUUAGUAGAUGUAGAUUGAAUAAUUAUCCAACUGGAAGAUAUUUUUUUUUCAGUGACAAGAUCAGGA